AUGCCGGUUCCUACAAAUCUAUUAAAUUUCACCCCCGAGGACAUUUUCCGUUCGGUUGAAGCUUUAAAAGUUGACAAGUCUCCUCUCGUAAAACUUUUCCACAAAGUUCAAGAACUUUUCAUUCUGAAUAAUUCUGAUGAAAUUGUGAAAUUCUUGAAAGAAGAAUUGUUAGAUAAACAACUGAGACAAAAAGACAAUGAUGCUUAUUCUCAAAUUAUACGUUUCGCAGCUCAUUUUGUGUUGUUUUUGCGCGACAUGAUGCUUUCAUCACCUGAUCAAGAGUCGGACGAUAUAAUCAAAUCGUAUACCGAACUUUUAAUUGAAUCCCAACAGUUAUCGAGAGAAUUAUCAGUUGAAACUUACGCUUUGUUUUUGAAAGGCGUUACCGCAAGUUACGAUGAAAGAUAUGGGUUGUACAAAUUGGCUGAGCAGCAUGGUCUAAACGUUAAAGUAAUUGCUAGAAAAACGUUUGACAUGAUAUUUGAUGAGCCGAAAGUCGAGGAGAAAUAUCGUUAUGCCUCCAUUCGCAACGAGAACCCUCCUGAUACUCCAAUAAACCCACUUGAUCCCCCACUUCGUGAAACGAACGAUCCAGUUGAUUCACAUGACAUUAUUAAGAUUCGUGGUCUAGAAUGGUUGACCUUCAACAAGGAUCAAGUGGUGGAAGCAUUUGACUGCGCCAAUGCCCUGUGCAGAAAAUUUUUGG